CUAUUACACAGGUCAUAAGACAUUUUUUUUGUUAUAAAAAAUGCCCGCGCGUCUCGGUUUCAAUUAUAGGGAUUUUCUAGUUAUACGAUUUUUUGACGUAAGCACAGUGCCCUCUAUCGUCGGUGACCCGCCACGUAUACGUCAAACACCUGUCACCCAAGUGUCAAUAUUUGUGUGCACAAAAAAACCGUCUAGAACACCAAAAUGAAAACAUUGUCGAUAUGAAUUGGAAAAUCUGAACGACGAAGGCAAAAUCCGAGAAAAUGACGUACGAAUAAAAUCACGAAUUUGUUCAAUAAUCACCCAAUUGAUGACAUACGCACCGCUUUAAAACCAUGUUCUUGAAAGACCCUUGCGGUGUUUGUUGCAUUUUCGUUACGUAUUUGUCAGUGUUUUACGCUGACUAUGUGAUUGUAAAAUGGGUAGUACUCCAAACGAUGGUCAACAGUUUGUGGGGCUCUUUUAACGUAGUUAUGUUCAAUACUGUAAUUUUCUUUCUUUGUAUGGCGCACAUACGAGCCGUUGUAACCGACCCAGGAACCCUACCUUUAUUUCCAAGCAAGUUAGACUUCUCCGACAUGCAUUCCUCUGAAUCUGGUAUGACAAAAACAGUCCUAAGUCGUAGCUGUUACUUUUUUCUAGGCUGUGAUUAUGUUGAUUGGACCGUUUGCACCCGCUGCGAAAUUUACAGACCUCCAAGGGCCCAUCACUGUCGCAUCUGUCGACGAUGCAUCCGUCGCAUGGACCACCAUUGCCCAUGGAUUAACAACUGCGUGGGAGAAAGAAAUCAGAAGUUUUUCUUACAGUUUUUGAUUUAUGUGGGGGUUUUAUCCACGUACGCUAUCGUACUAGUGGGGCUGUCCUGGUUGACAGAAUGUAAAGAGUGUAGUUUGGAUGUUCCACUCAAGCAAGCGCGAAUAAUGCACUCAGUCAUUUUAGUACUAAUAAGCGCUCUUUUUGGAAUGUUUGUCUCUGCUAUCCUCGUGGACCAAAUUCAGGCCAUAGUUACUGACGAAACGGCCGUUGAGCAAGUACAAAAUCAAGGCCCAUAUCGUCCCCAUAAACCAAAAAUGACACUUCUGAGUGAAGUUUUCGGAAGAGAACAUCCGCUCCUAUGGCUUCUGCCGUGUUCUUCUACCAUGAGAAAACUCGAUACUCCCCUCAUCAAUCAUCAUGUGUAAUUUAUUUGUUUAUAGAUUUUCUAGUCUUUGUUUUACGUUAUGUUAAGGUGAGAAAGAUUUUUAUACAGUAUUUAUUCAGA